UGGAUCCUGGGCUACAGGUAUGAUUUGCACAGCGCACCUGCCGGGAGUCUCUUCAGCCGCUGGAGAAGUAAGUAUGGGCAAACGUACAAAGUCAGAGGCCCUUUCGGGACAACUGAGCUAGUCAUGGGUGACCCAAAGGGCGCCUCUCAUGUACUCGGGUCUUACAGUUACAUUCGUAAUGAGUCGAACCGUGCUAUGGUGGCGGAGUUCUUCGGCGAGUCAAUUUUCACUGCUGAAGGU